AUGGCCAGAACGAUGAUCUUAGGCUGGAACACCAGUACCUACGAAGUGUUGAUUCCGGAAGCACUGACCGAUGCGACGACCCAAGUCGGAACGGAACGGAACGGAAUGGCUGAUGGGCUGCGGGCUCUGGAUCAGCGGCUCCGCGUUGUUCUCCUUCGCCUGUUGCAUCUGCACCGCCGAUUGGAGGAGGCGCUUCACCGUGCGAACGGCCAACUGGAUGGAUAA